AUGUCCGCAGACGGCUACUCUGCGCAUGAUGUGGCCGAGGUGCUCUCGCGGCUCAGCGCCGUGGUCGACGCCCGGCAGAUACAGGCGCCGGUCGGCGCGCAGGACUUGCAGGCGUGGUGGGCUGCAGUGGCAGGAGUUGCCGGUGACGGCACGUGUGGGUUGGACGCGAAUGCCCUCCAGUACGUCAAGGGAGUGUACGACUACGUCGAGAAGGUGAUCAUUGCGUGCGGCACCCCAGAUGCCUUCGACGUCUACGAGGUCUGCUUCGAGACGCUGACAAAGAUGGGCUUCUUCCUCAAGUUCCCUCCAGCCAAGGAGGGCCUGGUCCACCUCCUGGAGGAGGUGCACGAGGUCUACGACGUCCUUCUCUCGUGCAUCGAAACCUACGAGUGGGUUCAACCCGGUGCGACGGGCCUCCUGCGCCUGUGGAUGCUGCAGGUUGUCUUUGCAUGCUUCGACUACAGGCAGAUUCAAGGCAGAGAUCUGAUGGAGCUCACCGACAACGACGUCUGUGGUGCCGUCAGCCUCAUCGCAUUCUUGCUGCGCUGCCCUCAGGCGCCCUUCGACAUCCAGGCGGCCGCCGGCAGGUGCCUCAUGCAGCUCACCACCGCGGACUCCGUCUUCUUGGCCAG